AUGGGUUUUCUGCUCCCAGUGCUUUGGCACCAAGAGGACAGGGAUGGAAAAGAGCUUCCAGGCGAUAACGCAUCAACUGCGAGAUACCCUGGAUGCUUCAGUGCAAGGGGCACAAGGAGCUCGGGCUCCGGGGAUGAUCGUGGACACCAAGGUGACGCGAAGCAGGCUUUGCCGUUUUCCGACUUGCUGACAUCUGCGCUGGCAGAGGUGGCAAGGGCUGCGGCAGCUCGUCGGGAGACAAGGGCGAUGACCUGCCGCAAGGCACCCUGCCAAAGGCUGGAGCUGGAGGUGGACGCCAAGUUGAAACGAAGGCGCUUAGACGAGAAGCCUUGCGAGGAUGUGCUCAAUGAGGGGAGCCCUGAGCGUUGCUGA